AUGAGGUGGUAUGGAGUAGUCUCCAUAUUGUUGACUCUGUUUUGGCCGACUUGUGCCAUCUUUGCUGACGAUGCCUUCCACAUAGACUUCCACCACGCUCUUCUUGGAAGCCCACAGCCCCAUACCACCUUCUUCCAUAAACCUCAUUCGAACACCAAUGCCUCUCUGCUCUACACCGUCUCCGACAAAGCUGUUCUAGGCGCCGUGAAUCCAAAGGAUGGAUCAGUGCUGUGGCGUCAGCCACUGGCAGGACAACCUAUUGAUAAUGCCUCGAGUUCCUUUCUGGUUUCGGGAGAGAGAGACGGACAGCUGGUGAGCGGAUACGAUGCAACUGUGGCAUGUUGGGAUGCUCUCGAUGGAAGACUCAUUUGGGAUUACAAGUUGCCGGAGGGGACCGCAAUAGAUGGACUGCAGGCCAUUCCUCUCCAAGGCUCCGUCACCGACGGAGUUACGCAAGACUUUAUGGUUUUAGCUACACCAACGGACUCUCAAACACAUACUUCAGUCAUUCGAAUUGCUGGCGACGGGAGCGGACAACGAUGGCAACACAUAGAUUCAAGCACAGCGCAUGGCUCCUCCGUGUCAAUCGCAGCUACCUCGAAGCACAUCUAUUAUAUCACAGUGUCUCACGGUUUAUUGACGAGCAACAAGGCGAAAGUUGUCACUCUCGACAGUGCAACCGGGCACGAGACUAGCCAAACGGGCGUGCACGUCGAUGCUGAGCCGCUGGGGACUAACCGUCGAUACGCAGCAGCUUCCUGCUCCAAGUUUCCCUUCUUGAUCUCCGCCGAGAGACCGUUCAGGUCGGUCAAGGUCAGCCUUCUCAAUAACCCAAAGGUAUUGUCCCUCACUUUGGACGAAAAGGGUGAGGAGAUCGUGGACAUUACUGUCCAUGCAGAUUGUGACCAAGCUGCAGCGACUCAUUUUCUCCUGCACAUUAAAGGCAAGACACGACAAUGGGCUGAGGUCUUUCAUGUGAACACAAAAUCAGGCGAUGUUACAAAGGCCUAUUCACUACCUGCCACCGAAGAAGAGAGUAUCUUCACUGUUAGCAGCUAUGAGGCGACCGCCUUUUUCAUCCGUUCUACCGAGUCGGAAGUCUUUUUGUACUCCUCGGAGUCACACGGACAGCUAGGAAGAUGGAAGAAGACAAAUUUCAAGACUUCUCCUGGAAGCUUUCGCUCGCAUGCGACCGCCGAGGUUGUCAGCAGGGGGAAGGCCAGCUACGCUGUUCGAGUCGCUGAAUUCUCCACAAGUGGAGAUUGGUCUCUCAUCCGCAAUGGAGAACUGCAAUGGAGCCGGCCGGAAAUGCUAGCAUAUGCGAAUAUUGCUGCAUGGGACGAAAAUGGUACUCCAGAUGCCCUGGCUGAGGAACUCGACCUUGAAUCUUCUGUUAACCCCUGGAUGGCUUACAUCCAUCGCCUCAAGCGACAUCUCCAUGAUCUCACAUCACUUCCAGAGUAUCUGCGCAGCCUUCCCGACAGCAUUCUGAAAUAUACUCCUGAUGCUGAUGCAAUUACCCGCCAAAAUCUCGUGGGGACCAAGGUUGUGAUUGUUGCCACGAGUCGGAAAGAAGUAAUCGCGCUCGACGCUACUACUCCGGGGGUCCUCAGGUGGCAAUCCGAUCUCUCCGGCUAUAUCCCCGGAGAUGCAGAAAUGAAGUCUGUUACAGUUGCUGGCGGAAAAGCCUCAGUCUAUCUUUCCAAUGGGUCCCUAAUUGUUUUAAACGCGAGUAAUGGAAGUCUUAUCGAAUACCAGCCCGGCACCAUUCCCAUAUCUCAUCUGAUUCGCAUCCCCGGCAGUCCUCCACCAGCAGUCAUCAAAGUUGGAUCCGAUGGUGUCCCUCAUCUAGCCGAAGAUUUGGUCCAUGUCACUGCAUUGGAAGGGAACGUUGUGGUAACAAUAAGCCCAGAAGGAAAGGCAGUUGGAUGGACCGUUGGUCGCAAUGUCGAGAAAACAUGGAUCCUGAAACCACAAGAAGGGAUGAAGAUCGUUCAUGCUGUUGCUCGGGCAGAGCAUGAUCCAGUUGCCUCAAUCGGCCGUGUACUAGGGGACAGAUCCGUUCUGUACAAGUAUCUCUCGCCAAACAUUGCGCUUCUGCUGGCCACCUCGCAUUCCGGAGCAUUGACAGUCUAUUUAAUCGACGCCAUGACAGGAGCCAUUCUACAUACCGCAACCCACUCCGGCGUCCUUUCCUCAGACAUCCCUGCUGUGAUUUCCGAAAACUGGUACGCCUACACAUUCACCGCCCGUGACCCAUUCACUUCCGGACUUUCCAACCAGCUCAUCAUCUCCGAACUCUACGAAUCCUCAGUGCCGAAUGAUCGAGGGUUAUUGUCAGCGCGGACGAACUAUUCCGUCUUCUCUGUCGACGGCGCCGCAGCAAAACCCCACGUAAUAUCUCAGUCAUACACUGUGGCUGAACCAAUCUCUCACUUAGCAGUCUCGCAAACCGCGCAGGGGAUAACCACACGCCAACUGCUCGCCACAUUACCUAACAGCAAUGCUAUAAUCGGCAUCCCCCGCGAAAUACUCGAUCCUCGCCGUCCUGUCGAGCGGGAUCCCAAUGCCACGGAGCGAGAGGAGGGUCUCACUCGCUAUAUGCCCAACUUAGAGUUUGAUCCAAAAUACUACCUCACGCACGCACGCGAAGUGAUGGGAAUCAAGGACGUCCUCUCUUCCCCAUCCCUCCUGGAAUCCACAUCCGUGGUAUUUGCAUUCGGACAUGAUGUAUUUGGCACGGCAAUCACUCCGAGCAUGGCAUUUGAUGUGUUGGGGAAGGGCUUUAAUAGGGUGCAAUUGGUCCUCACGGUGGUGGCGUUGUUUGUGGGCGUAGGGGCGCUGAGACCUCUAGUGAGGAAGAAGACGGUAGAGGGGCGGUGGAAGCAGUGA